GUCGGAGCUCCGAGGCAAUUCCAAGUUCGCCGCCCAACCAUCCGCUUCUACCUCGCCGUCGUCGUCCUGGUCCUCCCUCCCCAGCAGAACCGGGAUGCUUGUGCCUACACUCCGGCAUUCCUCGCCGCCUUGUCCUCCCUGCUCCUCCUCCACCAUGGCGGUGACGGAGCUUCGUCUUCUAGGCUCUUCCUGGUCGAAUCCGCCCUCGCCGUACAUUUCUUCAAAAGGGUUUUCGAGUCCAAGCUGAGAUCCUCCGGCGACGAUGGCAAGAAGAAAGAGUACAAGAUCCCCAAGGGUGGGAUGUUUGAGCUGGUGAUUUGCCCUCAUUAUCUGUUUGAGAUCCUGGGUUUCUACGGUAUCGCUCUCAUCUCCCAGACGCUCUAUUCCUUCUAUGGAAGCAGGUGUAUGAAAAUCCUGUACAACAGGUAUGAGCUUCUAUGGAAGCAGGUGUCAAUUCUCAGGAACUCAGUACUCACCUGGUUGGUCUCGCUAGAUCCAAUCAAUACGUUGGACAAAAUUCCGGCCAGGAAUUAA